CAAAGGAGAAAUUAAUUAGUGAUUUGAAUGGCUCUUAUGUUGAGUUACUCUCUCAUAGAGCAUCCUUAUGGGAACAGUGAAUUAAAAUUUGUAAAACCUUUUAUAUUAUUCAAAUAUUUCCAAAGCCGCAACCAAAAUAUCCAAAUGCAUGAAUAUGACCGGACAGAGGAAAGUGACGAAAAAACACAAAAGGCGCAAGCCCGCGUGGAAGAAACGAAAAGUUGUGACCCAUCGGUGAGCAAUUUAGUAGUAUCUGCAGUGGUGCAUAGUUCGCACUCAUGCACAAAAAACCGACGUUCUAGUACCACUAGCACCAGUAAUACUGAUAGUGACACAAGUACAAGUGCAACAGAUAGCACAAGUGAUAGUGACAGUAAUAACAGUCUUGGUAGUUCUAACCGUAUUGAGAGUGAUGCAAUUCAUUGCAGACGUCUUCAUGGUGACCAAAAUGUCUCACACAGUGACCAUUUCCCUAAUAUGACUAACGAGCCACGAUCUAUACCCACCGAAUCAAAUUCGCCAUGCGCAUUACCAAAUCAUGUCGGCGGCCAAGAUAAAGAAUCGCUAACUAGCGUAAUCCAAGUUGGAGGAGAUGGUGGAAGAGAGAGUUUAACCAUAGAAGUAAAUGAAGCUAAUAACGAUCCUUUCAAAUCGCCAGUGGUUGAAGUGCCCCUAGACCCCCAUGCUUGGAAUGUUGACCACAUCACAAGCUGGGUCAAAUGGUUAACAAAGCAAUUCAACAUUGAUCCCGAGCCGGACAUUUCACGUUUUCCAACCGUUGGUUCUGAGUUAUGUGAGCUAAGUAGAGCAGAUUUCUGGGUUUGUGCAGGAUCGCGCCAAGGAGGCAUAGUCCUCGCAAAACAUUUUGCCUUAACACUGUAUAAUGCAACUGGACGUGAGACAAGUCCGAUGCUAAACGAAGAUGAGCCAAAUCCCUAUCAGCUACUGAAUGCCGCAUCCCAUCGGUUGGUUGCACAGGGCUCUGGACAGAUCCAAUUGUGGCAAUUCUUACUUGAACUUCUUUCCGAUUCGUCAAAUGCAAAGUGCAUAACAUGGGAGGGCACCAAUGGCGAGUUCAAGCUCAUCGACCCUGAUGAAGUUGCUAAGCGCUGGGGAGAACGAAAGGCAAAACCAAAUAUGAACUACGACAAACUCAGCAGAGCUUUAAGAUAUUACUAUGAUAAAAACAUAAUGACUAAGGUCCAUGGGAAACGUUAUGCGUACAAAUUUGACUUUCACGGUUUGAUGGCAGCAUGUCAAGCGCAGGCACAGGGUUGUGAUGCUACGACUAGUAUGUUGAGUUCCUAUAAACAUCAUCAUCAUCAUCAUUCACCCUCGAUGGGGCUUCCGCAUCAUCAUUAUUCCAACCUCCAAUCGGAUCUCACCUCGGCCUCUUCAUCAUCGAGUAUUGGCUUUCUAUCGCCAUCUACGGCAUCUAUACCUUCGCCAAUUGGAAUUUCGAGUUCACCCAACAUUGGUUCAGGAAACCAAGUACAUAUUAAUGCAACAAGUACAAAUUUAUUGCAGCAUCAAGAAUCAGCGUUAACUACAAUCGUAAAUCCAACAUCCCCAACAUCCUUAUCAUUGCAACCACCAGCGCUGGCACGUCUUUCCUCGACGGUGACUGAGACCACAAACGAAAAUAACAGCAAUACUGUUAGUGGAAACAAUAGUAAUAACAGUAGUAGCACAUCCGUUUUGGCGCGCCCGCCCCCAUACUGGCCAUAUUCGCCUGGUUCUUUCGAUCCUCGUCCACCACCUAAUACAUUUAAUUAACUCGUAAAAUUAUGUGUAAAUUAAUGUAUAUACUUAACAGUUGACUUAAGGCAUAUUUGUUAUGCAUUUAAAAGAUGCAAGUUUCUACCUACCACCCGCAGCGUUAUGUGAUGUACCUUUUCCCGGUCAGGAAAUAGGAAAAUAAUUGGUAUGCAUUUAUGUGAACAUGCAUAUACUUUUAUAUAAGCACACAUGUUCAGGCAUGUAUUUACUCUCAAAACUGCGUAAAGGUAUUAGAGAAAUAAUUACAUAUGCCCUGCAGAUAAAAUUUAAGUGUAUGGCACCGGCACAGACGAAACUAGGGUUAAUGUGGAUAAUCGCAAUACACAGUUAGAAACACACAUUUAUAAAUAUAUACCGCUACCAGAGGUAACUAAUAUAACACUGAUUUAUAGAUAGGUGUAUAUACCUAUAGCAGCACAAAUGGACUAUGA